AGAGGGAGACACAGAGGGAGGCCAGUCUCAUCCAGCAGACGUUGGCACUUCUGAGGAAGAACAUUUUGGUACAAAGGAGGCGGCUGGGCUACCUCAUACUGGAGUGGCUCCAGCAUUUGCUGCUGGUCUUCUUGCUGUUCAUCUUCACCAUUAAUUCACAGCAUCUGAGGCCCACAGUCGAAAUAACAUACAGCCCGGCCCUGGUCCUAGGGCGUCUGGAUCAUUUAAGGAAUCUCAACAUUUUCUUGUUGGCUACUUCCCUAGCAGCCCUGCCAUCAAGGACAUAAUGCAGCUGGUCAACAGAAGCGCCAUCGUCCCAGGUAGGUUCUGCUGUUACCUGUAAGCUGAGCUGAAGGACAAAAUCAGGCUGGCAGUUGGAGUUUUGUAAGCUGAAUUCAGCUAACCAAUGAGAUUUGAAUUAAUAACUGUGUCUCUUCUUUCUUUCUCCGGUAUAUUCCUCCAGGUGACUGUCACAGUCUAUUCUUUACCUGUUUCUCACUGCAGUACUGGGUUUCGGGGUUCCUGUCUCUACAAGCCACCAUUGACUCUGCCAUUGUGGAGCACGUCACAAAGAAAUCCAUAUGGGAGUCUAUGGGGACCAUGACGGUGGUGAAGAUGAAAUCGGCCAGUUAUGGGGACCGUACAACUCUGCAAAUGGUCUUCUACACGUUUCUGAUGAGCGUGUGUUUUCGUCUCACUGUCGUAUCUCAUGGCUCUGCACAUCACCCAGGAGAGGAGGAGAACCAGAGAGCUGAUGAGGAUGAUGGGAGUGAAGGAUCUGGCAUUUUGGUUAUCUUGGGGGUUGUUGUACUCUGUCAGUGCCAUUAUCAUCUCCAUCCUAGUCACUCUGGUCGCCACCACUUAUGUGUUUGUGGAAAGUUCCUUCGGAGUUAUUUUUCUACUCUUCUGUCUCUAUGGCAUUGCAACGGUCUUCUUUAACUGCAUGCUGAGCGCCCUCCUCAGGAAGCACCGCCUCACAGCGAUUCUGGGAUUUUUCAUCACUCUCUUCCUGUCUGCGUUGGGCAUACUACCACUCUUGAAAGCCAUACCCAUACCUCUGGAAGUUUUCCUGAGCAUUUUCCACCCCUUCUCCUUUGCUGUUGGGAUCACGGCGGGAAUGCACAUGGAAAAUGACCUUCUGGGCUCCUUCUUCUCGGACAUCUUGGGUGACUCCUUCCACGUAUUGUCCAGCAUCAUCUACCUGAUCAUAGACUCAGUGCUUUACAUCAUCCUCACUCUUUACUUUGAUAAGAUAAUCCCAGAUAAAACACGGAUUGAGGCACGAGCCACUGUUUUUCCUGAGAUCCUCAUAUUGGUUGAAGAAGAAGAUGACCCCUGACCUGCUCGGAGGGGAAGAGAGGGCAGAGUCUGACUGGGGGGACUAUGUCGAAAAAAUUCCUUCUGAGCUGCUGGGAAAAGAAGCAAUCAGAUUAGUCAACAUUAAGAAAAUGUACAGCGGCAAAGACGAUAAAACAGAGGCGCUACGAGGUCUGGAUCUGGACGUCUAUGAGGGACAGAUCACAGCGUUACUCGGUCACAGCGGAGCUGGAAAAACCACCUUACUGAAUAUACUCAGCGGGAUGUGCGGAGCCACUAGCGGAUCUGCCACCAUCUACAAUUAUCAGUUAUGGGACUUCAAUCAACGUCAGGAGAUCCAGAAGAAGAUCGGGUUUUGUCCGCAGUUUGAUGUCAGCUUUGACCUUCUAACAGUAAAGGAGAAUUUGGAGAUCUUUGCAAAGAUUAAAGGAAUUCCUAACAGAAGAAUUAAAUCUCAGGUAGAAACGGUCCUUUCAGAGCUGGCCAUGGUUGACUUUCAGGAUCUGGAAGCCAGGAAACUGAGCGGAGGUCAGAGGAGGAAGCUGACGCUGGCGAUAGCACUCUUAGGAGACCCCGAGGUUCUGUUGCUGGAUGAACCGACGUCAGGCUUGGACCCGUUCUCCAGGCACCGUGUAUGGUCUGUUCUCAAAGAGCGCAAAGCUGGUCACGUCACCUUAUUCAGCACGCAGUUCAUGGAUGAAGCCGACAUCCUGGCAGACCGUAAGGCCGUACUUUCUAAUGGGAGGCUGAAAUGUGUUGGAAGCUCCUUGUUCCUGAAGAGGAAAUGGGGUAUCGGCUAUCACUUGAGGAUGCAGGUGACUCCGUCAUGUGACACAGAGGCCAUCACAUCACUCAUAACGCAGCACAUCUCCAACGCCAAGCUCAGCAUGCAGAAUGUUGAGGAUGUGAAGUUCACCCUACCGUUUGAGGACAUGGACACCUUCCCAGCUCUGUUCACUGACCUGGAGGGACAUGUUGGACGGGACAUUGAGAGUUAUGGCGUCUCUAUCACCACUCUGGACGAUGUGUUCCUGAAACUGGAAGGAAAAGAUGAGAUUGAAAAAGGAGAUUACAAUGUUUUUGCCCCUGAACAAAAUGACACGGAGGACCGGGAUCACUUCUCCAUGGAGCCAGAGGAUUCGACCCUUCUGAUGUCGGACUCGGGUACGCCCACCAUUAGUGGAAUGGCAUUGUGGAGACAGCAGGUGUUGGCUGUGGCAAGGAUCCGAUACUUGAAGCUUAUCCAUGACAUGAAAGGCUUUCGAUCCAUACUUCUUCUGCUGGUUCUCUUCAUCCUUCCUAUGGUCAUCGGCAUCAUACUGAUGAGAGUUUCUAACACCGUUCGAGCCUGGGAGAUGACUCCGCACCUUUAUUUCCAG